AUGACAUCAGACGAGUGGCUCCACGGUCGUCUACUGAUCCUGAAUGAACUCCUAGUCUCAGCCAAUCCCGAGUUUGAGAAAGUACGCAGUUCUCUUGACACCAUGCUGGGACAGGUAAGCUGCACGCCCUUCAGAAGCAAAGAAAGUUGCAUGCACGUACAGGGACUUUUUUCUAAGGGGGGAAGUUUUUUUUUCACCCCCUCUAGGCAAUGUUCCACGUUCUGAUAGCCAAUCAGACAGAAGGCGAGACUGCCGUGCAGACAGUCCACCUCACUCAGUGGGCUGUUGUCUCUGCGCCGACUGCGGCUGCCUCUGCCGCGGUUGCUGCCGUCGUUUCCUCCGGCUUGCCGCGCUCUGCCCUCUCCUCAACGACCGCCCGGCCUGCCGCCGGCGAGGUGUUCGGCGACGAGGGCAUUGCCAGCGAGUUGUUUCGUCAACAGCAGUUGCGCCAACAGCGCGCUGUUCCUGUGGCCUCGGCCGCCUGUCGUCGUGUCCUCGCGGACAACAUGGAACAGGUGCGUGCUUUUUUUAUUUCCCGCCCUCAUUUUCGCCUUUGUUCCUUCCUGCUGUGACCCUAAAAGCAUGCCCGCCUUUUUUGCUGUCCAGGUCUGGCCUCUUGUGCUGAGUGCAUUACAUUCCAAGGUGCCCUGUGUCCUUCACCUCAUCUUGAAAGUCCUUCCUCGUCUGGUCGCGUUUGAAGGGACGCAAACGCCACACAAGGAGUAUGUUUCCCGUUUUUUGCAGGAAGACGGGUUUAACUAGUGAGACGAAUUCCGUCGACCCCAGGGUCUUGUGGGCAAUAGGCAAUGCCUUUGAAAGCUCAAUUUUCCACAUGCCAGCGGGCAAAAAAUCAAGUAAUGUAAUAAACACACUACUGAAAUAAAUUAGAUAGUAUAAUUACGGUAAUUAACAUUGUCGAUCGAUAGGCAGUUAUUCCCUGACAAGUGCUCCUAGGCAAAACUUCCAUCAGGCAGUUAGUGUAAAUCGGUGGACAUAACUCUCGCGUGAUUCGCCAAAGUCGCUCCCUGCCUUCGAGUUAAGGGUUCUGAAGCAGCCCAUGAUAAUUUAUUUUGGAAGUCGACUGCUUAAUUAAUAUGCGCAUUUUUAAAUGCCUAUUUGACACGGAAUAUGGUUCCCACUGUCUCCAUUUUCCCCGCUCUGGGGUUAGGCACGGCAUAUGCCUCCCCCCUGUUACAGAUGAUCUUGGAGGGAAUAGGAACCUCCCUGGAAUUUAGUAUAGGGUCACCUGUAGACUAGAGAGGCGAUGGGGUCCAUGUUCCUGUGUCCAGCCUUCACGUUUUUCUCGAGUGACAUUGGAAAAAAGUUUAGUUUUGACAGCGUUUACCAACAACUCCCAUCUUAUAAAAAUUGUUUAACUGGACACUUCAUUCUCUCGAGAGUUCUAAGUAUAUUGCUUGAGCGUUUCGGCACUAGACGAAGCCGUUUCAUUCUGAUCUAAUUGCUCUGUAGUCGCCUCUUUUUAUCAGGCACGAUUUCCGUCGAAUGUUAGGCUUUCGCUUAUUAAUUUUCCUUAAUCCAUUGUCCGUUAUCGCGCACUUAUCAUCUCACUUUUAAUGGACUUAGCCCUCAGUCCAGAACUCUCCUAGUGAUUUACCCUGAUUUAAGCAGCUAGUUAACGAUCAUUUUAAGAGAAUUUGCAGGUGAAUACGGUACAUACUUCUAAUUAUUGUGGAGAUGUGUGUUCUUCAGUCUUAUUCAGACUCUCAUGAAUUUCCUGUUCGACUGCGUCAACCGGGACCGAGAGAAGGCGUACGCAUUGGUGACUCUGGGUCUAAUGGCGCAGUCGCUGGGUGCAGAGUUUGAGACCGGUGGCUACAUGACCCGGCUGUUUGAAAUCCUUUCCUCCCUCAUUUCUCCCUCGAAGGAGACUGCUUCCAAGUAA